GACAAAGUGUGCCCGUUGUGGCACUGUGGGCCACUGGGCAAGAGAAUGCCGAAAUCCACCAGAUGAACGCGGCAGACAGUCUCAGGCAAGAUCUGUCUCCACUGGCAGCAGACUCGAAGAGCUGGUUCCGGGAAAACAAGACGUUCUUUUACAUGUCCUAUGUUCCCACGUUCGGCAGCCUCAUGAGUUCUGUGCUUGGAAGAAGUGAGAACUUGAAGACUGGGUGUGAUGAGCCGUGCGAGUCCUUUGUUGGGGUUGCUACAGCCUCUGGCGAAGGCAUUGUCGACACGGCGGCCCAGGACGGCCUCAUCGGCAAGGCAGCCCUCCUGCAGUUUACCGAGACGUUGAGAGGUUUCGGACUUCAGAUACGGUGGAACCAUGAGAAGAAGGCUCAGGCAUCCGGUGUUGGCGGCAAGGCCAAGGUGAUAGGCAUUGCAGAGUUGCCCAUUGGACUUGCUGGUGUCAAUGGGCUGCUUGAAGCGACUGUGGUGCAAGACAACGUGCCCCUACUGUUGCCUAUUAAACUUCUUCGUCAACUCAGGGCAGUGGUGGAUCUGGACGACAACCUCCUGCGACUCAAGGCCUAUGGGGUUGAAACCAGAAUGCAUGAGUUGCCCUCGGGUCACAUGUCUGUAUCGGUGACUUCGUAUGCGCCAGAGGGUUGGAGCCUUCCGCGUGAUGCACAAUCUCAUGCACUGAAGCCAGACCAGUAUGUGCUUGCAACAAGCGGCUUCCUCAACCAAAGCAUGUCUUUUCUCAAGAGUAGCAAAGCACGCAGCGUGAAAUUCGACACCGGCGACCUCGAUGGCAAGUUUGCUACUGCACCGGAUGAUGGAUCAGAGGGACAGGGAUGCGCCGGUGCAUCCCGGGAGACUGGCUCCGUCAGUUCUCAGAAGCCGCCGGGCAGUGAAGAGGUGGAGAAUGGUUCUCGAGAAGCUGGGCGACUUGAUGAUGUUCGUACACCUUCGAGAAAGGGUUACAGAAUGGCUGCCCGAUGGCUCCUUGCGGCUGUUGGGGCUAACAUCGCCAGCAACGGUGCCGGCUUCAGCUACUACGCUCCCGGCGUCUUCCUCAACGGCAACGGAAAAGAGCCGCCGGUGUGUACCAUGACGGUAUGCCCUCACCCCGCGGUGGAGCUCAAGGGAUCUGGCAACCAGUACUCCAAGGAGAUUUGGUGCAAUCGAUGCAAGGCACGUUGGGAAUACCUGAACCCGGAGAAGCUAGCCCAGGCGGAGUACGAGAAGAACCAGGCCGAGGAGCUCAGGACAUCAGGGGCCAUGAACUCAAGGGCCGAAGUGAUCCUGUGCACGUGCCGGAAGGAAGCAGUCAAGCUCGUGGUGAAGAAGGCAGGUCCCACCCAAGGACGCCACUUUUACAAAUGCAAGCAGAGGGUAUGCGAGUUUUUCCUGUGGGAUCCGACCGAACAGGAGAAGAUUCGGAAGUCGGAGGGAGCUAUGGAUCUGGAGAUCGAGGAGGACUCGGUGAAGAACAAAAUGGAGGCCAUGAUGAAUGCCCAGGCGAUUGCCCACCAGCGAGAGGUGGACGAGCUGAGGACACAGCUGGCCUGGAUGCAAGGGUUCGCUCAACAGUGGCAGAUGGCACAAAUGGCCCAGAACCCCGAGAGUGGCUCCAUGGAUGGAUUCCAGAUGGUUCAAGACCCUCAGACCGCAGCUGUGCAAUGCGCGCAGGAAACAAAUGCGAGCAUUUGGCUCGUGGUCUCCUACACCGUGGAGUAUGCCAUUGGCAAGUGCAUAUUAUGGCAACUCUUCUUGGUGAAGUUUGAAGAUGAGAACAGUAUGAUCCUCUGGAGCGAGGAAGAUGGGAAGCACAAGGCGUUGUCAGCGGGAGAAAAGAAGAAAACUAUGAAGGCGUUGGAUGACGCCUUGAAGUCAGCGCCUGUGCCUUGCAGAUCGGUGUUGGAGGCAGUAUCACCUGCAAGAAUUCAGUGUUUUGUUGAGUAUGGCAACUUGAUGGCCACUUUGGAUCCGAGUUGCUCAAACCAGUUUUGGCAGGGCAUAAAAGAGAGGAACCCAGAGAUGCUGAUUCUACGACCGGAUCGUGAUGACCUGUCGGUGAAGAUUGCAGCGGACGCUGCAGAUUGGCAGCAUGCUCGUGGAAAAGUCUUUGCGUUGGUGUGCCAGGAUGACAGGGAUAUCGCGUACUACGAGGACGUUUUAGAUCAAGGGUGUGUGUUUCAGCAACACCUUCCUUCCAGUGAGGUGAUCUUGACCAACUACGAGGCGUUGGGAGACAAGAUGAAGGUUGCGAUGGAAGAAGACCGAGUGCUGAGCCCCGAGGACACCAACGAUCUUCUACAGAAUCCGAAGGCACACCAGUCUGAAAACGAGCAUGUGGCUCAGAAUGCCAUUAUGUUCCCCGAGGACACCGACGAUCUUCUACAGAAUCCGGAGACACACCAGUCGUUUUUAUUUGAUGUGUGUCAGGAGCAUGGGGGUCCUUUUACAAAAGAUGUGUGUCAGGAGCAUGGGGGUCCACUCAGUGAACAGUUUCUGAGUAGCUCGAUGGCCGUGGGUAUCGAGCAGCAGACCAAAAAGCUGCUUCAACAACAAGACUACUCACUGAUGUCGUUAGAGAAGCUCCUGAUGACUCUUCCUCUACUACAACCAAGAAACCGUCAGAGCACCAUGCAGGGCAGCUACUUUUCGUUGGGACUCUUUGCGCAUGGCAACCACUACGGAACUACCAAGCUGUGUGAGAAGCUCCCCACCUUCACAAGAUACCUCAACAAGGUGAUGCAGUACCAAUGCAGGUGUCAAGGGUGGACUGAUGCGGUUUGGACGACGAUUGCCAUCGGUCAGAAUGCUGGCAGCACCCUGCAUCGAGACAACCACAACCAACCGAACACCCUCAACUACAUUUUUAGCUUGGGAAGACACUGUGGAGGCGAGCUAUGGACCGAAGCAGAUGUGGAGUCGUGUCCUACGAAGAGCCGGACCCAGUGGAAAGAGCUUCCGAGUGGAGACUGGGUUUGUGGUUGCUUACACGAUAUUCACUACAAGCCUACGAGGUUCAAUCCCAAGAAGUGGCACGCCUCAGCGAAAUGGGCCGGACAACGCUUCAUUGUCAGUGCUUUUACUUCAAGGGCGGUGGAACGAGUUGGAAGGCAGGCCUUUGAGGACUUCAAGAGUUUUGGGUUUCCUCUUCGAACCAGGAGAUGGACGCACAUGUUCAACGGAGAGACGCUUUCUGUGGAAGAGGACACCAAGGUUUAUGUGGAAGAAGACCAAGAGUUUGCGCCUCUUGGAGAUGAUCUACUUGAUGAACUACCAGCACAAGGAGAAGAAGAUCAAGGCGCAGAUCCACACAUGGAUCUAGAACCCACUCGUGAAGAGAAGCGUUUGGUGCUCAAGCUCCAUGAGAAUAUGGGUCAUCCAGCCCCAAGGGAGAUGGCGAGAGCUAUGAGGAUUGCUCGAGUCAAACCCCAUAUCCUGCGCUACAUCGUCAAGAAGUUCUCGUGUGCAGUGUGUGACUCUAAGCCCAAGCCGAAGCCCAGUCGACCGGCUGUGCUUCCUCGCACUUAUGAGCCAGGACGAGUAGUGGGUGUUGAUGUGAUAUGGCUGGGAUCUUUAGAUCGCCGUCAAUGCUUUCCUGCCCUCAACAUUGUGGAUUGGGGAACAGGAUAUUCCAUGGUGGAACGACUCAAGAACACUGAGGCCACCCACACCUGGCGGACGUUCAUGAGAACAUGGGGCAGAACGUUUGGUGUUCCAGAAAUGAUUGUCGCCGACCUCGGCUCCGAGUUUCGUGGGCAUUUUGCACAAAUGGCGGGAGAAGCAGGUGCCUUAAUCAGGCAUACAGCAGCCAGGUCGCCGUGGCAAGCUGGGAAAACGGAGCGUGCAGGUUCGCACUUCAAGUGGGUCUAUGACAAGGCGCGGGACUCCACCUUCGUCAGCACUUGGGAGGAAAUCAAGACUCUUAUGCUUGAGGUUGAAUGUGCCCGUAACCGUUAUGGGAACCGAAGCGGAUUUUCACCGAUGCAACGGCAGAUCGGGCACAACCUACGGCUUCCUGGGUCGUUGCUCUCCGACGACCACCUCGACCCCAGUCUCGUGAUACAAAGUUCAGGCGAAGAGAUGCGCCGGGUGUUGGAGAUUCGGAAAGCAGCACAAGAAGCCUACAUGAAGUCCCAGACGGAGACGGCAAUCACCAAGGCCAAAAAUGCGCGAGUGCGGAUUCAAGUUGAGUUCCUUCCAGGAGAGACAGUGUAUGUGUACCGGCAGCCCAAAGAGAGGAAGCGACGUCACGUGAUGACACCAGAGGCUCAUGAGGGCCGGAAGGCUUCAUGGGUGGGCCCGGGUGUUGUUUUGGCAGUGGAGAAGCCAAGCUUGUGGAUUUCCAUGAAGGGAGAGUUGUGGAAAGUGAGCCAGGAACAGUGUAGACAUGCUACAAGCGAGGAGCAGGUUGCAAAAGAGAUGCUGGCAGGGGAACUAGAAGCUCUUCGAGAAGAGCUUGGACGGACAUCGCUGAAGAGGACUUACCGCGAUAUGACAGGGGAAUCACAUCCUCCGGACGAAGAUGAGGUAAGCUCCCAUCGUCACGAAGGUGGUGUUGGAGUUUCUCAAGGUGAUGUUCGACCCUCACAACGACUACGAGUAGGAGAUCCUUCUCAGAUACCGAUUCCUGAGGAUGAGGAAUUGGACUACGAACCUUCUUAUGAAGACGGUGAACAAGGCCAACAGCAACCUCAAGGUGAACUACCACAACCUCCUCAACAACCUCAGGAGUUCACCAGAACAAGGACGGAGUCUGAGCCAGAGCCCUUACCGACUCCUCAGAGAACGUUGACUCCGGAAACGGCUAGAGCAGUACAGCGCAACGAAGAGUUGGAUGGCAACUUCAAGAGCCCCAGCUACCGUGCCGUUAAGGAGCUGGCCCAGAGACGUCCACCGAGCAGCCCCUACUUUGUUGAGUCAAAAGCUGAGAAGGGACAGCAUGGUUGGUUCUACUUCGAAAAGAACAAAUGGGAGUUUGAAGCAGAUCAAUGGGAGUUUGUGAAUCCGAACGUGAUCAUUCGGAGACAUUAUCUUCCACGAGAUCGACUAUGUAACCCGAACAAAGUUCAGGGAGCGCUGAUGCCAAGGAGAUUGAAGUUGAGACAGUCAUAUAUGGUGACCGAAGAUGGCAAGGUGGACAAAGUGCAAGAUAUGUGGUUCAAGGAGCGCAAAAACACCUGCAAGACCAAGAACACAUGGACUGGAUUUACUGUGUUCUCGAACAAAGAGGUGAACAUCGAGAACUAUGUGACCGCCAAGGCGCGUGGCUAA